AUGGAGAACUAUCAGAAGGUGGAGAAGGUGGGCGAGGGCACCUAUGGCAUCGUGUACAAGGCUAAAGACCUGACGACGGGCCGCAUUGUAGCGCUGAAGAAGAUCCGGCUGGAACCGGAUGAGGAGGGCAUUCCAUCCACUGCCAUGCGCGAGAUCUCGCUGCUCAAGGAGCUGUCCUCCCACCCCAACGUCGUGUAUCUGUACGACGCUGUGUACCAGAAGAACAAGCUUUAUCUUGUUUUCGAGUUUGUGGAGCAGGAUCUCAAGCGAUGUCUGGAGAAGCUCCCUGCCAGGAUGGAGGUUUUCCAGGUCAAGAGCUAUCUGUACCAGUUAUUGGCGGGGAUCGCCUUCUGCCACGCCAACCGCGUCUUACAUCGUGAUCUUAAGCCUCAGAACUUGCUCAUUGAUCAGUAUGGCAACCUCAAGCUGGGCGAUUUCGGACUUGCCAGAGAAUACGGCGUGCCUUUGAGACGUUAUACCCAUGAGGUUGUGACAUUGUGGUACAGAGCUCCCGAAGUGCUGCUUGGGGCCAAGCAUUACUCAACGCCAGUGGACUCGUGGUCUAUCGGGUGUAUCUUUGCAGAGAUGGUCAACAAGCAGCCACUUUUCCCCGGAGACUCGGAGAUUGACGAGUUGUUCCGUAUUUUCCGGGUGCUUGGCACGCCGAAUGAGGAAAUGUGGCCUGGAGUGUCAUCGCUACCGGACUACAAGACGUCGUUCCCACAAUGGCGCCCGCAGCCGCUGUCCAAGGUGGUGCCACAACUGGACCGCGUGGGUCUGGACCUGCUCUCGCGUCUUCUUGUGUACGACCCGGCCAGUCGUAUCUCUGCCCGUGCUGCGAUGUCCCACCCGUGGUUCGCCGACUUGCACCCGCAAUACGCUUCCUUCCGCAACAACGGCAACGGCAAUGGCACUCAGACGUUCUUUUAA